CCACUGGAAAAAGAUUAAUUAAAUCUCUACUGCUAUUAGCAAUUUAUUUCAAUUGUUAAGGAAAACAUGGGACAAGUGCAGAGCGAAGCCAUUGACAACCGAUCUCUAAGUGAUUUAUCAAAGGCAUCGAAAGCCACCUCUGCUGAUGAAUCUCCGCCGCAAUCUCUUGAUUCUUUGAUUGCUGAAGCUGCAGCAUAUGGUGAAGAUGGUGAGAAUGAGUCCAUUGACGAGAAAGCUCGGAAAGCCUUAGAAUGCCCUUGCAUUGCUCAUUUACGGAGUGGCCCCUGUGGCAACCAGUUCUCAGACGCUUUCCUCUGUUUUCUCAAGAGCACAGCUGAAGAAAAGGGCUCUGACUGCAUUAGUCCCUUCGUCGCUCUUCAGAGCUGUAUCAAGGCGAAUCCUAAUGCAUUUUCUAAGGACAUUCUGGAGGACGAUGAUAAUACCAGGAAGCAAGAUGAAGUCAAGAAAGAGGAAACACCGAAACAAGAAUAUAGAAUCAUCCCUCCCAUUUGGUCUGUAGAAUCGAAGGGCUCUAAGCGUAAGGCGUAGAAAGUCUCACCUUUUUCUUUGUUCUUUUUUGGUCCUUUCAUUCUAGGAAGCUGGAGUAGUAUAAUACUACUGCACUAAGUAUCAGUGUAUUGAAUAACUUUUCCCUUUGAGAUUCAUGAUCAGACUUCUAUUUUUAAUUUAAUUACGAUAUAAUAAGAUUCAUCAUUUGCUCA